AUGUACAAUCUAUUCACUAUCGGCGACGCACAGGCCAGCUUACACGCAUUUAGAGACACUGAGGACGUCGAACAAUCUCAAUCUCAAUCCCAACGUCGCGUUCGGAAAAGAUUGGGGGUUUUAUCGGCGAUUCUUGCCGCGCUGAUCGUGUUCCUAAUAGGAAUUAUUGUUUGUUUUAUUCGGGAUCCAUCGAUCUUUAAGGAUCUCAAAUUGGGUCCCUCGAAAAUUCAAUUUGUGAAGUUCACGUGGGAGGAUUGGAAGGUUGGGUUUGUUAAAGCGGCUAUACCUCAAAUACCGUUGUCUAUACUGAACUCUGUGAUUGCUGUGUGUAAGUUGUCCGGUGAUCUGUUUCCUGAAAAGGAAAUAUCGGCGACGGCGGUUUCGAUGAGUGUGGGGGUGAUGAAUUUGGUCGGGUGCUGGUUCGGCGCAAUGCCGGUGUGCCACGGCGCCGGUGGGUUGGCGGGGCAGUACCGGUUCGGCGGCCGGAGCGGCUUGUCGGUGGUGUUUCUCGGGGUUGGGAAGUUGGUGCCUGGGUUGGUUUUGGGGAACUCGUUUGGGAGGAUAUUGGGUCAGUUCCCGAUAGGGAUUCUUGGGGUGCUGUUGCUGUUUUCUGGGAUUGAGUUGGCUAUGGCCUCAAGGGAUAUGAACUCUAAGGAGGAGUCGUUUGUGAUGCUUGUCUAUGCUGCUGUCUCACUCACUGGUUCUAGUGCUGCUUUGGGAUUUGGGUGUGGGAUUGUGCUGUUUCUGCUCCUGAAAAUGAGGCAAAUGGAAUGGACUAGUAGCGUUGGGUUCUUUGAAUGCAACUCCAAAUCUUCUCUUCAUGAUGAAGCUGGUCAGUUUCAACCCUUGGAAGCUUAGGGAGUGUAGGUAAGGUCAUUGGUUCUCUUUGAUUAUUCAGCAUAAUUUGUAUACUGUUCUUAUUGAUUUUAGCAUAUGCUAUCUCAUAAAGUUGCAUAGAAUGGCAGUUGGUGUAUAAUUAUUUGUACAAAGAGUUGAAAUUGAUGCAAAUCAAUGGAAGUAGCUAUCUUUCGUUUUUGGAGUUAA